AUGACAAUGAACCCAUCUCUUUCAUGGGUUAGUGCUAAAACUAAGAUUAGAAGAAGCCAUUUCUAUUACUCUGGCUUAAACGAUAUUGAAAAGCAAAGACUUGAAGACAGUAACAGCUGUAGCUCUGUCUUAGCUUGCCUCUCUUCUUCAGCCUCUUCUCCUUCUUCUUUUGGUUACACGUUCAAAAAAACCAAGCUUUUUGUCAGUGGGUUAUCCUUUCGUACUACAGAAGAGAGUUUGGUAAAUGCUUUCCAAAAUUUUGGGCAACUCGUUGAUGUCAAUUUGGUAAUGGAUAAAAUAGCUAAAAGACCGAGAGGCUUUGCCUUCCUCCGUUAUGAGACUGAGGAGGAAGCUCAAAAGGCUAUUGAGGGAAUGCAUGGCAAGAUGGUCUCAAUGAUGCCGUCAACCAUCAUUGACUGCAACUCAGGGUCUCGAUUUGUUGCCAAGACUAAUGUAGACCCUCCACAAGCCUUUAUUGCAAAUUCGAAUGAAGAGGCACUAGCACUUUCAAUGGCAAUGGACAUAAAUGAAACUCUUCUUCAUCAUCUGGACUCGGGAGAGACUGUUCAACUCUGA